UACAUUCCCAGACAGAUAGUACAGAGGAGAGGGGAGACAGCAGGAAGCGGGAAAGAUACCGAAAGUCAGAUGAAAAGAGCUUCAAAGAUUCUCUUCCCUCAUAGCGGAAGUUUCUAAAGGAUCAGAAGAUGAAGCAAAACAUGAAGGUUAACCUACGAAUAACCACGCUGGCUAUUGGAAUUGGAUAUAAAGGAUGUACUUUAGAAAAACCGACAGGUGCUUAAGUGGUCAUAGCUGUGGCACGGCCUGAGGCGGGUGCGUGCACUGCAGCGGCUGAGUGAACGCGAACCUGACCUCCACACCCGACACCGCCAGCAUUCCACGGGCACGGGCAGCGCGCCGGCACCGGGCCUUCCCUGCGGGAAUCGCUCGGCACGGAAGUGACGCGCGGGCGGGAAGUGACGGCGGCGGCGGCGGCAGCGCGGGGCCGGGAGGGCCAUGAACAGCCGCCUGCAGGAGAUCCGCGAGCGGCAGAAGCUCCGCCGGCAGCUCCUGGCGCAGCAGCUGGGAGCCGAGAACGCGGACAGCAUCGGCGCCGUGCUCAACAGCAAGGAUGAGCAGCGGGAGAUCGCGGAAACCAGGGAGACCUGCAGGGCUGCUUAUGAUACUUCUGCACCAAAUGCAAAACGUAAAUAUCCAGAUGAGGGAGAAGCUGAUGAGGAAGAGAUUGAAGAAUAUAAGGAUGAAGUAGAGCUGCAGCAGGAUGAAGAAAACCUGCCCUAUGAAGAAGAGAUUUACAAAGAUUCCAGUACCUUUCUCAAGGGCACUCAGAGCUUAAAUCCACACAACGAUUACUGCCAGCACUUUGUGGAUACAGGACACAGACCCCAGAACUUCAUCAGAGAUGUUGGCUUAGCAGAUAGGUUUGAAGAAUAUCCAAAACUUAGAGAGCUCAUCAGAUUGAAGGAUGAGCUGAUAUCUAAAUCUAACACUCCUCCCAUGUAUUUGCAAGCAGACUUGGAAGCCUUUGAUAUUAGGGAACUGAAGUCCAAAUUUGAUGUGAUUCUCCUGGAGCCACCAUUGGAAGAAUAUUACCGAGAGACUGGCAUUACUGCCAAUGAAAAAUGCUGGACCUGGGAUGACAUCAUGAAACUGGAAAUUGAAGAAAUUGCAGCCCCAAGGUCAUUUGUGUUUCUGUGGUGCGGCUCGGGUGAGGGUCUGGAUCUCGGCCGAGUGUGCCUGCGCAAAUGGGGUUACAGAAGAUGUGAGGACAUUUGCUGGAUUAAAACAAAUAAGAACAACCCUGGCAAGACCAAGACUCUAGACCCCAAGGCUGUCUUCCAAAGAACCAAGGAGCACUGCCUCAUGGGCAUCAAGGGCACCGUGCGCCGCAGCACCGAUGGAGACUUCAUCCACGCCAACGUUGACAUCGACCUCAUCAUCACCGAGGAGCCUGAAAUCGGCAACAUAGAGAAACCUGUGGAGAUUUUUCACAUCAUUGAGCAUUUCUGCCUCGGGCGACGGCGACUUCACCUCUUUGGGAGAGACAGCACAAUUCGACCAGGUUGGCUGACGGUGGGACCUACCCUCACAAACAGCAACUUCAACGCGGAAACGUAUUCCUCGUAUUUCACGGCUCCCAAUUCCCACCUGACCGGCUGCACCGAGGAGAUCGAGAGGCUGCGGCCCAAGUCCCCGCCCCCCAAGUCCAAGUCCGACCGGGGUGGGGGUGCUCCUAGGGGAGGAGGAAGAGGAGGGACUUCGGCAGGACGGGGAGAAAGGGGCAGGGAGAGGAACAGAACCAACUUCCGCGGUGAGCGGGGCGGAUUCAGAGGGGGCCGUGGAGGGACCCAUCGAGGGGGCUUCCCCACCCGCUGAAGAGGUGAUGGCUGCUUCCUCUGCCUUGUCUGGGAAUCUUUCCCGUAGUCUUGUUUUUCCUACAGUGAAUUCCUCUGGGGACUCAAGCUAGAUGACUUUUACAAUUGUUUUUGGUGCAUGCCAUUCCAAACAGUCGGCCUUGCAGUCUGGCACAGCCCCUCACCUGGCCAUGUCCUGCACGGGCAGCACUGAGCUCAGAGCAGAGAGCACCAGCCCUUCACACCACGGCUAGGAUGGAAAUGACCCCUUGCUCUCCUCUUAGGAACCCUGCAAGGUGGAGACUUCUUUUGCAACUUCAUUUUCUCCAAAACAUGGAUUCCGUCUCCAUUGUUGGAGGUUUGGGUUUGGACUGAUUUGCAUUAAUACGAUGGAGCGGGCAUGAAAUGCAGCUCUGAAUUGCAUGGCCACAGCAGACUUGCUGUCCUAUGGAAGAAAAAGUGCUGUGUCUGUAUUGACACCUAUUUUAACUUCUCUGAAACCAAGGUUUUUGUUAACCUUGUUAACCUGAAACCAAGGAGCAAAUCAAAUAAAUAGAAUUCUAUUUUUCCUUAUUUGGUUUAAACUUUAAAAAUUAUUCCUGGGAAUAGGAAAAGGUUAAUUUUUAAUUUGUGGUGUAUAUGCACUCACCUGCUGUGUCAGUAGUGGGGAGAGUGGUAAUUCUGUGCAGCUGUGUGUUCGUGGACAGCACCCAGUUGUGCAUUUAUGUGCAGCCCAGAAGUUGUGCACAGGUCUGGGCUGCUCCUUGGGUGUGUGUCUGUAACACCUUGUUCCUUGGGAGGGAAGAGCAGUGUCACUCAGAGCAGUCCCAGAGACCCUGCUGGAGGGAGGAUUGCACCCGGGAGCUGGUUUGAGUGUGUGAUCCCUGAAACAGGGAACACAGAACAGAGUGCUGCCUUUGCCUGCGGGUGUUGCACACAUCUGAGAAUGGCUGUUGCUGAUGCAGUGCAGUGUGAAUAGAAAGUGACCCCCUUCCCUACGUACCAUGUCCGUUUUUAGCAAAACCACAGCUCUGAGCUUCUUGUGCAGUUCUUGGUAGGCUGAACAAACGUGGCUUUUGAUGUCUCAAGGUCUUAGGUGUGGGGUUUGGAAAACUGGCGUUUAAGUCUGAAUGUUUCUCCUGAAGCCCAGCUUUUAAAUAACUGUCCUGUAAAGUAGUGGAUUAUUAAACAUGUUUGUCAAAGCUGAUGUUUAAAUAUCUUCCUUAAUAUUUUGUGUGUGUGUUUUGAGGUGUUGGAAUUGCUAAGUGGUUUCCUCUGUGCUGUUGUAGACAGGAACUGUUCUUUUGAUUUUGAAGAUUUUGAUGGGCUGGGGAACUCCCUGGCUUUGGUCAUGUUCAGCAUGGGAUUGCCAUAGUGCCAAUGGAAACUGCCUGUUGUUUACAGCUUGUUUCUUCCUCUGUCAUAUGUGCACAUCUGCAGAGUGACUGGAUUUGGGAAGGGGAGUUUUGAAGUUGGUGUUUAUCUGGUCAUUGGUGAAGUCUGCUACAGCUGAGAGAAGGUAAAUGCCCUAGCAGGGAUUUUGGCCCUAAUUAUGUUGUUAUUCGAAAAGUAAAGACACUUAGGACCACUGCUUUUGUAGCAGGGAAAAAUACUUUCUUGUUUUUCAAUGAGUAGAAAACGUUAAUUUCUGUUUGCCCCUUUGAAUUACAUGCCCAAUACUGAUAGUUCAGUGAGUGAGCUGCUCUUAGCAUACACUUAGGCUAAAGGGAACAACAGGAGGGCCAAAAACUAGUGAAUCUGAAGUGCUUCUGUUUUAGUUUGUGGUGCUGCUCAAGACUUCACUGACUGAGGAGGGUAGUGGCAGGUGAUGGAGGUUUCUUGGUCCUUCCCAUCAAAGCAGAAAUAGCUCAAUAACUGUAAGGAAAAAAAUGAAUAGUGCUGCAGCAAGUGUUAGAUUAGAGCUGUCUGGAUGGGCCACCUUUGCCAGCAAAGUCUGAUGUCCAUGUUGUUAAUGAGCAGCUGAUGGAAUGUUUUAAUUGAGGUUAAUGGACAAGGAACUUGGCCCUGCACUUGUCCUCCAUAAAGAACAACACUGCCCCUGCUCAUCUGAAGGUGGAAUUUCAGCAGUGACAGACUGACAAAGGCUGUACAGGUAAGGCAGUAGGGCUGCACACUCCCAAAUCCUGGUCCCUGUCCCUCUGGGGAUGGGCAUGAGACUUAGGAAGUACUGGAGUGAGACACAGUCCCACACACCUCGUUACACAGGAAGAAGAUUGGGUCAUUUUCUCAGUCACUGGGAUUUGGACCAUACAGAAAUGGUAUGCUGAUGAAAAGCUUUUAAUCCCAUUAGUAGUUGUCAGUAAUUUCUCACUUGUAACACUUCCAGAGCAAGGGAAGGAUAAGGCUCAGAAUCACUGAGCUGAUGAGGAUUUCAUUUGCCACAGGUAAAUGAAGACUUGAGCAUGCUCUCCUGGAAGAUAAAAAGCCUGAUGAGUUUCUUCCUUUCCACUUGCAUUAAAUGCAUAAUGUCUCCAGUCUGAUUUGCGCUGCCUGUCUAGACCUUGGCAUGUCUUUCCAUCCUGGAGCAGGCUUAGAGCCCUUGGAUGUUUUACACCCUGUGAAUUCAGUGGAGGACUCAACACCUGC